UCAACCAGAAGUCAUCUACGUUUCUCAACAGCUUUUUCCGAUAGUUGGCGCCCGUCCCUGGUGAAGGCGACGGCCCUUCGUUGUACGAUAAUAUCAACCCAACAGCUGUCUUUUUUACGAUUCUUUGAUGGGUGUCGGGUUGAAGGCGAAACUCUCUACGUCUGAAACAACAUAACAAGCACGAUAUUCAAACAGAUCUCACGGACCAAUUAAUACGAUAAUUUCUGGUAUCAUCGCCGGUAGAUGAUACGAUCUCUUUUCUGUCGCAUAAGAUACCCAACACUGCAUCUUUUUCGUUAUCAUGGCUGUCACCAUGGAGCAGCCCGUCUGGGGCACUCACUUUACCUCUGCUAAAAUACUAUUCUAUUCCCUUUUUUGGAGUGUACAUAUUGCUCUCUUUGCCGCUGGAUGGCACAUUCAAGCAUCAGACUCAAGGUUAUCUGCUCUCAACGCAUUGCAGUACUCCGUCUGGAUAUCAAGAGGCUCGGCUCUCGUGCUCUCACUCGAUGCAACGCUAAUCAUGCUGCCCAUGUGUCGGAAUAUCCUGAAGCACAUCAGGCCUCGGAUUCGAUGGAUGCCGCUUGACGAAACGAUAUGGUUCCAUCGGCAAGUUGCGUAUGCCAUGCUGUUGUUUACUAUUAUCCAUGUUGCGGCUCAUUAUGUCAACUUCUAUCACGUCGAGAAACACCAAAUCCGUCCUGAAUCGGCAGUCGAGAUCCAUUUCACCCAAGCAGGAGGGAUAACCGGGCAUGUCAUGCUGAUAUGCAUGAUGCUUAUGUAUACGACCGCACAUCAUAAGAUUCGGCAGCAAUCGUUCGAGACAUUUUGGUAUAUGCAUCAUUUAUUCGUCCCGUUUCUUCUCGCCCUGUAUACGCAUGCCACUGGUUGCUUUGUACGGGAUACAACAAACCCGGUAUCGCCGUUCGCUGGUCAAAAGUUCUGGAACCACUGUAUAGGCUACGAAGGCUGGAGAUGGGAACUCGUCGGAGGAGGCAUCUACCUCAUAGAAAGACUCUACCGGGAGAUACGCUCCCGACGCGAAACCGAAAUCACCAAGGUCAUCCGCCAUCCAUACGACGCAAUGGAAAUCCAAUUCCGCAAACCAAGCAUGAACUACAAAGCUGGUCAGUGGCUCUUCCUCCAAGUCCCCGACGUCUCUUCCACCCAAUGGCACCCCUUCACCAUCACCUCCUGCCCCUUCGACCCCUACAUCAGCGUGCAUAUCCGGCAAGUCGGCGAUUUCACGCGCAGCCUCGGAGACGCGCUCGGUUGCGGUCCCGCACAGGCAAAAGAUCUCGAAGGUCUUGAUCCAAUGGGCAUGUACGAAGUGGCCCUCCAAAACGGACAGAUGAUGCCGAGACUGCGCAUCGAUGGACCCUACGGAGCGCCUGCGGAGGAUGUAUUCGAGAAUGAAAUCGCCGUGCUUAUCGGGACGGGUAUUGGCGUUACGCCGUGGGCAUCUAUAUUGAAGAAUAUCUGGCACUUGCGCUCAGCACCAAACCCACCGCGCCGUCUCCGCCGUGUGGAAUUCAUCUGGGUCUGCAAAGACACCGCUUCUUUCGAAUGGUUCCAAGCGCUCCUCUCCUCUCUCGAGUCCCAAUCCGCCACCGCAGCCGCAUCCCAAGGCAGCACAGAAUUCCUGCGCAUCCACACCUACCUCACCCAACACCUCGACGACGACACCACCGCAAACAUCUACCUGAACUCCGUAGGUCAAGGCCUCGACCCGCUCACCGAGUUACGGAGUCGGACGAAUUUCGGACGCCCGGAUUUCGAACGACUGUUUACGGCGAUGAGGGAUGGGAUUGUUGAUCAGACGUAUAUGUCUGGAUUGAGUGGGAGUGCGAAGGGUGGUGGGGGGUCGGCGGAUAUUGGGGUUUAUUUUUGUGGGCCGAAUAUGGCGGCUAGGGAGAUUCGGGAGGCGGCGAGGGGUUGUUCGAGUAGGGAGGUUAAGUUUAAGUUUUGGAAGGAGCACUUUUAGUUGUUUUCUUGCUUGUCUUCUGGGUUGGGUUGAUUUGUUAUUAUGAGAGACGAAUUCUAUUUUUUUUUUUUGUUUGGGUUUGUUUGCUGGUCUAUACUGUAUGUUAUGUAUUGUAGAUGUCAAUGAAUAGCGAUACCACGACAUAUUAAAACUGCCCAGAUCCAUAGAAGGAGUUGUGAUUACACCUGCAUCUCCUCAUCGCUCUCGGCAUCUUCCGGCAUAUCAAUCGGCAGGUUACCACCCUCCUCGCUCCU